GCAGAAACUUCACAUCGCCAUGCAUCGAACGGGAAACUCCCUAGCCAUUGUGGUAACGGCGGCCGCAGUUGCAAUUAGGUGCUGCUCUGUCUCUGUGUACGCUGCCGCCUUGGAGGAGCAUCAAGAAGCAGUGAAGAACACCCUUCCAGAUCAGACUACUAACGAUGGGCGACAGCCGGACUUAACCACCCUGCAGCGGAUACGAGGCUGCAUGGAUCGACUCGAUGGCAGUAUCGAGUCCAGCCAAAUCAUCAUCGAGACACUGCUGCAGCAGUUGAAUCUGGGGGAUCCUCGCUGGUGGAACGUCAAAGAUGGCGAUGCCACCACCGUACAGUUGGUUAGAAUUCAAACGGCUGAUGACAGAGGAUUGCUAAUAUGGACGUCCAAUGGCUUCUACAUAUCGCUGUCCUUCAUCCUAUUUUUACAUCUAAUAAUACUUAUAAUAUUCGGAAUAAUAACCCUGUGCGUAUCGAAACCAUCUGCCAGUGCCCUACCGAAAGUAAAUGUAUAGUUGAAAAACAUGUUCCCUGUUUUAAUUUAAUAUGAACACAAAUGAGGAAUUUGCAUUCUGAUGAACCGCAUAAAAGAUCCCAAGGGAAGUUUUAUGAGCUGCAGUGCCAGACUGCGUUUGCAAUAUACUGUUUUAUGGCGGUGAUCGAACGUUCAAACACUGAA